CAACGAGUGAAUGAAUUGAUUGCAUCCGUUGCUGCAUUCGCCCAUUGCGCAAUCCAUCAUGUCUCGUCGCAACGGGAACGACAACGGGGCUCUGCCGCCCUGCGAACCGUGUCGACGAGCGAAUCUGCGCUGCGACCAGUCGACGCCCGUGUGUCGCCGGUGCGUGCGCCACGGCAAGUCGGACGUCUGUGUCUACAACCUCGAGGCACGGCCGAGGAGCUUCUAUUCAGAGCCUGAAUCGCAGAUUCCUGCUUCUCCCACGCAAGAGGGAACGCCAGUGGCGGCAGCAGCAGCAGCAGCAGCAGCCGUGCGGAAGAACAGUCUUGUCUCCAGUCCGGCUCUGAACAAUAGAGGGAGCACCAUCUCCCUAGCAACGGGGGGUUUAGACUCGAGCAAUCUCAAGUCGUACGAUAUCCAGACCUGCGCGCGCAUCCUGCGCAAGCUGGUGGACAAUCUGGGUUUGUAUGAGGCCGUGGUGGAGGAUUUCCUCGACCGCUCCUCCGAGGGGUGCAUCCUCGGUCGCGCACUGGUGCGCUUGAUGUUUGCGGUUCUCAAACAGACGACGCAGUCGCUCGCCGGCGACGACUCCUUCAUUAUCUGGGCGCAGAGGCUGGUUGAGGUGAUGCGAAGGCCCGUUGCCCAGGGCGUCCCCUCGACGACGACGACAACGCCGGAGAUGUACGUCCGACAGCUGGUCGGACGGUGGGAGGGCAUCGGCUUCCUCUUUGCGCUCGCGGGGCAGGCAGCUAUCCGUCAUCGCGACUGGAAGAGUGUCUCGCAGAUGAGCAAGGACAAGAGUGACCAGAAAGCCGUCGCUGCCAGUGCGCUCACGGCCAGCGAUUCGUGUCUUCGCUUCUGCACUGUCGACUCUGACUCGCUGGGGUGGCUCUUGUAUCAGCAUAUCCAGCUGCUCACUCUGGUGUAUGGAGAACGCCAUGCCGAGCCAUGGAGGAAGCUGGCGCAAUUGGCGACCGUGCUCUUCACCCUGGACAACCAGAAUACCUCGCUCCCCUUCUUCCUCGUGGAGCUGCGCAAGAGUCUGCUGGCAGGGUCAUAUAUCCUGGAUAAACGACUCGCCAGUGCGACGAGGCGGCCGCCGCAGAUCAGCUCGCGGUACUACAACAUGCAGCUGCCGCUCGAUCUUCCGGACGAGGAGCUGAUGACCGUCUCGGCGGGAGAGCAGCUGGACGCCGACGGCUGGAACUCGGAGCGCAUCACCCACGGCGCCCAGUGGCUGCGGACCUCCCUGUUGAUCGGGUCCAUCCGCGAACAGAUCCUCGACCUCUCGCUGAACCGCCAUGUCGACGACAUUGCCGACAGCGCCGGCGAGAUCGCCAGCUACUCCCACCAGACCUGGGACCAGCUGCCGGCCUUUCUCCGCUGGCAGCCUGGAAGCCUGCAGCGCGAGCUCAUCCCGCUCUAUCUCGAGUUCCUCUGCAACGAGUUCAUGCUGUAUCGCGUGGUUGUGCGACGCACCCACGCCGGCCACGCCGAUCUGAUCACCGUGGCGCACAAGAUCCUCUCCACCGUUCUGGACCUGAUCGGCAUGGAGAUCGCCUCGGGACAGGGGACCGACAAUCUCGCAUCCGCAUCGUCAUUUGGAAUCCCCGCCGCCGGAGCGCUCGCCAUCGAACUUCUCUGCCAGACCAGCGGGGCAUCAACUACAUCGGUGACGACAGUGCGCCGGGCGGAAAUCAUCCAGAAACUAAGCGUGUUCGCCUCGUACCUGCAAUAUGUCGCUCGGCCGCACGAAGCACAGCACGAGGCGUGUCAGCGUGCCAAACAUCUGCUCGGCCGCGUGCUCGACAAAGCCCUUUCCGGCAGUCUGUCGGGACAGCUGGACCGAGAUGUCAUCGGCGUGGAUUGGCUGGAUGGGGAGGAGGUACAGCUUGAGGGCCGAGAUCUUGUCCAGUGGUUGAACGAAGAUUAGCUUACGAAACGAGCC